AAGAAACUCAAGAAGCUCCGUCGCUUUUCUUUUUAAGCUCCUUAAAUCUUAUUGUAGUAUAAAGCAAAGACGAACUGCGCGCGCCAGGUCGCUCGCGGAGAAGACACCGGAAGACAACAGAUGACCACAACAAGAAGCAUGGCCAACAGGAAAACAAACGCCGACACUGCGGUGCAAGUCUCGGACGACAGUACACCUUCGACCAGCAAUGUUUGUACCCCUCAGAGAAAGGGGAAAAAAAGGCUGCAAAAAUACAGGGAGGAAUGGGAAAAGGAAAACACCUGGCUGAAAAAAGUGCGCGAUAACACCUAUAAAGCGCACUGCACUGUGUGCCGGCGCACUUUUUCCAUAGGCCAUGGUGGACUGACUGACCUCAAGCAGCAUGCUUCUAGUGGUGGGCACAUGAAGAACAUGAGGGACGUGAAAGCUCGGGGAACCCUUGACCAAUUUGUUGUCCACCAGACCACUGCAGAGGCAGAUAUGUCAUCCUGGAGCGGGGACUCUGAAAUGGCAAGAAGCACUGAACAGAGGGGAAUGUCUGACAGCCGGAUCGAGGGAAUGGAAGAGGAACACGACAAUGGGAGCUGGACUUUGGUACCGAAAAAAAGGAGGAGAUUGUCAGAGAGCCAGAUGGAGAGAAUGAGAGUGGAAGAAGACAACCGGUAUGUAUGUUUGUGGGCAUGCAAAAGUUGGACAAAUUCAGGCAUGGAACAGAACCAAACGAAUUUACCUCAAAGUCAGAUUCAAGUCAAUAAACUGAAUCAACUGAUUUCGGACGCCAAUGCAGAAUAUGAGAGAGUGAAGGCUUUAGUUGAGAAGCUGGAGACUCAAAGUAAAGCGGGAGAACCUGAUGGACCUGAGAGCUUCAAUAAAAUAACUGAGCAGAUUUUAAACCAUACACAAACGGUGUUGGCGACUCUCACUAUUGUGGAGCGGGAAUGCAGGCAGCAGCUGGCCUACAUUGGAAGUAAAGCUGACACCAGUCUGGACCACCUGGAGGACUGGUUUUUGACUGCUGGUAAAGUGCUGCUAGGAGUACAUGAACAGCUGCUGAAGCUGCAAGACCAGAACAGCAAAUACGGAAUAACUGACAUCGUCAGCCUCCUUUCAUUGAAAAAAUGUCAGAAGAUUUCAUGGGCCCUAUUAACAACACUUGUCAUGAGGAACCCAGACAUGGAACAGAACGGAACAAAUGUGCCUGAACCAAGUACCCAAGUCGAUAAACUGAAUCAACAGAUUUCGGAAAUCAAGGCAGGAUUUGAGACACUGAAGACAUUAAAUCAAAGCCUUGAUAUGGUGCUGGAGACUCAAAGCAGAGUGGAGGAGCCUAAUGGACCACAGGAGUCGAUCUACAUCAAACUAAUUCUACAGGUGUUUAAGCUUUUAAAGCAGGCACGCCGGGUUGUGGUGACUCCCACUAAAGUGGAGCUGGUGGAGUGGAAACGCAGGCAGCAGCUGGCCUGCAUUGAAAGUAAAGCUGACACCAGUCUGGACCACCUGGAGGACUGGUUUUCGACUGCUGGUAAAGUGCUGCUAGGAGUACAUGAACAGCUGCUGAAACUUCAAGACCAGAACAGCAAAUGCAGCAGCACUGAUGCCUUCUACCUCCCUGCUUCAAUGAAAGUAAUGGAUGAGAAGUUUGCAUGUGCUUUAUUAAGAGGACUUCUCACAAACGCCCUGGUGAUCGAAAAACAACCUGUCAUGCGAAAUUAUUCACAUCGGCCUCUGGUACUGAAGCUCGGGGUGCAGUUCACGAUGACCGUGAGGUUCCUGGUAAACAUCCCUGAAUGCAAGGACAAUCUCAACGUCAAACCUGUAUUUGACAAGGAUGUUAAAGAAACAAAGACAGUGAAAGGGUUUCGCCUCUUUGAUUUCAAAAGAGCAGACUCUAAGGUGUUGGAUGUGUACAACAAUAGAGGCUUGAUGGCAGAAUUUGUGAACAUGAAACUCGAAAACAAAUCAGGGACCCCAAGAUCAUCUGAGAACACUUUGAGAGUGACUGAAGAGCUGCACAUCAUUAAGUUCGUGACAGACUUUCACUACGCUGGAUUGAAGUACAACAUUGAGGCCAGCUCCUUGCCCGUGGUCGUCAUCUCCUGCACGAUUCAAGUCCCCAAUGCCUGGGCCUCCAUCAUGUGGUGGAACAUGGUGUCCACCAGUGAACCUUGGGACCUGUCGCUGUUCCAGAAUCCUCCUCCUCUUACCUGGGAGCAGCUGUCACAGGUGCUGAGCUGGCAGUUUUCAACCAUUGGCCAACGAGGGCUUGAUGAAAACCAGCUCUCCAUGCUAAGAGACAAAAUUGUGGUUGACUCUAAUGACGUCGUGGAGUGGAAGUGUUUCUCCAUGAGUAAAAGUGUGUGGACUUGGAUUGAUGAAAUCCUGCAUUUGAUCAAGGAUCAUAUGGUGGAUCUCUGGCGUGACGGAUACAUCAUGGGAUUUGUGAAGGAAGGGAAGGAGGGAAUACGCGAACUGUUGGAGACAGUACAGGCUGGCAACUUUCUGCUCCACUUUUGUGAAAGCAACGACGAUGGAGUAAUCACCUUCAGCUGGGUCGACUAUAACUCCAGUGGCGAGCCUCUUGUGUUUACAGCAAAGCCGUUAACCAAGAAAGUGCUGUCGGUGUUCCCUCUGCGAGACAGCAUUCACAAAUACUCUCUGGAAUCUCAUACUUUUGGUUUGCUAGAACGCAGAACACCUUUGAUCUACUUUUACCCUGACAUCCCCAUAGAACACGUCUUCGGAAGAUACAACUCCCCAGAAAUGCCUCUGGACGAUGGAUACCUCCCCAGAGUACUUUCUUUAACGUCAAAUGAUCCUUUGGUAUCUGAGCCUGACCUUGAUGACGCUGUUGAUGAAGCCAUCGCAUCUUUCAGUUAACCUGGAGCCCAUUGUUCUCCACGGAGUCCAGGUCUGGACUCUUUGGUGGCCUAAUCCAUAUUUGAAAAUGAUGUCUCAAUCGUCCUGAAAUGUCAUCCAUCCAUACUACUUCUGCUUAUUCAGGGCCAGUUGAUACAUAAUAAAGUGAAGAACUUAAUUUAUUACAUACAUUAUUUGGCCAGGCGUUGGAUAUUCCUACAACCCAUUUUCUUUGUUUUGCUUUAAAAUGUUACCAUAAUGCACAGCUGUAUCCUACACCUGUCCAUCUUCAUUUAGAGCUCCUCCAGCAAGCCUCCUCUGCCCUUUGACUCUGUUCCUAAAAUGCCUUCAUUCUUCUACAUUGCAUGACAACUAGAGAAAUUAAAAAUACCCUUAUGUCUCUUUGUACCUUCUGGUGGGAGGAACUAAGAACAGUUUUCGGGAACAGGAAGUGAUGCAGACAUCUCAGGAAGAGAAAACAAAAGCAGAGAUGCAGAGCUGGCUAUCGUGUCCAGUUGUGAAAACAACAACACAACCCCCGCUCCUAUCCAUCUUCCUCACAAACGCCAAAUGAGCUACAAUCAAAAAUUCACUACAGUCAUUUUGUCCAUGAGUGUUGUCUACUGAUUGUAACUGAAUUCUUCAUUCAGAAAUCCUGUAUACCUCAGUGCAGUUUCCAGGCUGGUCCCCACACCGCCAGGAGUGCAACAAAGACUCCAGUAAGGAAAGGGGUGCUAUGCUCUGUGCCUUUGUGCUUCAGGAUUGGUACCAUAACAGUAGAAUUAUAGACAGUCUCUGCUUCCUGGACUUAGGGUCUGCACUGAAUGCACAUGGCCUCUAUCUCGCGAGCUAACUGUAGCCAGUGUUUACAUCUGCCCCCCGAUGCUAACCUUAGCCCAGCACUCAACCACCUCCAACGUAUUAUCAGUAAACAGCAGAAGGAGCACCCAGAGGGUGCCUAUAUUGUUGCUGGAGACUUUGAUAAGGCAUUCUUGAAAUCUGGACUGCCUAAAUUCCACCAACAUGUUAAGUGUCCUACCAGGGGGGCACAGAUCAGUGGAUCAUGUAUACUGUAACAUCAAGCUUGCCUAUAAAGCAACACCCCUCCCCACCUAGGACAAUCUGACCAAGCCCUCACCAACUACAAUGGCCUAGAGCCCCCCAACCACUGACAGCAGCCUCAAACUCACAGGGGAGCUUAACACCUUUGCUCGGCUUGAGAGCAAAGAAAAGCAAUUUGAGAGGAAUCUGGCUCCACCUUCAGGUUUCUGGGCACCCACAUCUCAUUGAUAUUACCUGGACCGACAACACCAACACUGGUAAAGAAGGCCCAGCAGCGGCUGAACUUCCUUCCCUGGGCCAUUCGGACAGCUAACAAACACUAUCCCCCCCACACUCCAACCCUGCCCAGCGACCUCACCGAUGAGAGCCAUGGUCUGAGAAACCCUCAUCACUUGGGCCACUUUAUACUCAGACCAAGACCUUUUGCACUGCUUCCAAGCACUUAGCAACUUGUUCUUUAAUAUGUGCCUUUCUCUUAUUUUUUUUAUGUAUUCCUUUUGUUUGCUAUUUAUUUCCUCAAUCUGCUUUUUAUAUUUUAUUAUAUUAUCCUGGGAACAUAUGUGUUUGAUGCUAUUACAAACAAGAAGUUUAGCUACAUGGUGUACUUGUACAUUAUUCUAAUUGUGCUCUGGAUAACAGCAGAGGAGCCACAACAAGGCCUGAGAGAAAGACAGAUUACAGUAACAGAGAAAGUAAAGUUUUGCAUAACAAAGCAACCAGCAUCACAGUAGAGUGAUUUUCACUAACCUUGUGGCAGCAAAAUAUAAAUCAGGAAUUUUAUUCUUUAUACUGGUUUUGAUGGGAACUUAUUUGCUGACUUAAAAAACAACAACAACAACAUUAUGCCAGGGCAGCCAUCACACUUUUCAGUGAUGUCACAGUUUUACUUUCUACUGUCACCCAAGCCUUUCCAUCUAAUGGGACUUUUCUAGUUUGUCUUUCCCGACAGUGAAUGUAGCUUGAAUAUUGUUGUA